UAUGUAAUGCUCGGCGUAGUGUCAUUCACUGAUCACACACAGCGGCUGCAUUUAAGCCUGGGAGAGUUCGGAAGAAGAAGAAGCAGAUACUGAUGCAGGUUUAAAGGCAGGGGGAAAAAACUAACAUUAUGAGUAUGAACUACGCGUCUGCGGCGCCCACGCAGAGGUCGACGUCGUUUUUCAUUGAGGACAUCUUAUUGCACAAACCCAAACCGCUGAGAGAGGUCAUCCCCUCUCCGUUCUGUAGCUCCCUGGCCUCCCGGAUGCCCAUCCUGGAGUAUGGAUACCCUCUGAUGCCAACCCCGAUACUGGCGCCACACUCGCACCAUCCUCUCCACAAGCCGGAGCAUCACCAGUACUUUUUCACUUCUGGGAUGCAGAUGCCGGCCUUGUUCCAGCAUCACGCGGAGUUACCGGGGAAACACUGCAGACGCAGAAAGGCCCGGACGGUUUUCUCCGACUCGCAGCUGUCCGGCCUGGAGAAGAGGUUUGAGAUCCAGCGGUACCUGUCCACACCGGAGAGAGUGGAGCUGGCUACGGCGCUCAGCCUGUCCGAAACACAGGUAAAAACGUGGUUUCAGAACCGGCGGAUGAAGCAUAAGAAGCAGCUGAGGAAGGCGCAGGACGAGCGGAAGACCCCCGGAGAGCUGGAGCGGUCCGCGGAGAACUCCAGCGAGAGCGAACUGAACGACAAGAGCGCGGAGGAGCUGAAACACGGACUGGAGCCGGACUCGUACAUGCUGGAGGAAAACGACGACGAUGUGGAUAUCGAGGAUGACAUUUGUUCACCGGAUCAUCUACUAUAGUAGGCUGCUGAGUUGUUUUACGCAGCAACUUUCACACUGUAUGCACUGUAGAUAAUAUCGGGUUUCUUUUCCGUCCAUUACAAAAAAAAAAAUGAGUUACUGUUUUAAAAAUAAGGGAGACUAGGCUGUACAAAAUGUUAAUAUUUAUUCAAACAUGCAAAGUAGGCCCUUUGAUUUUUAACAAUUGCCCCCUUUCCGCUAUGUAUAUGACAGUUUUCGUGCUGCGUUCGACAAAACAGAAUAUAUCAAUUAUUAUUACUAUUAUUAUUAUUAUUAUUAUUAUUAGUCUAAUAUUAUUACUAAAAAGUCUAGAUAGUUGGUUAUUUUGAAUUGUCACACCUUUGUCUUUAUUUUGUUAUUUUUUAAUUAAUUUCAGACGGAUAAUAUUGACGAACUAUUAUGAAUAACCCAAUGGAAAAGCUCUUUGCGUCAUGCUACCCCAUCCUUUUGCACUUUUAUCCUAAAUUUCCCAUGACUUUUUGUUUCCCCCCGUUUGUCCAUAUUGUUGGAAGUUUUGUAAAUGGAGUAUUGGUCGAAGACACAUUAGUGACUUGCAUUUAUAUUUCUGUCUGUAAAUAUAUAUAUAUAGUAUAUAUAGGGUAAAUAAUGAAUCAACUCUCGGCAUUAUUAAUUCUGUCAUACCUUUUAUUUUUAAAGCUUAUUUUGUUGUUUACUUUUUUAUAAGCCAAGGGCACAGGAAUGAUUUGGAAAAGUCUAAAAAACAAAACAUAAAUACACCAUUAAUGUAAAGUUAUUAUUUAAGCUGCACAUGUGAUUGUGGUCCUGUUUUCAUGUGAGCUCAGACGGCUCUUCCCUCGGCUGCUGUAACCACUCUGAUUAGGAAGCAGUCUCCACAGCAUGGAGCUCAGUUUACAAUGCGAGCCUGCUUGUUCUCUGUGGGUUUCCUGCGCGGUGGCCUGCAGCCCGCUGUGCGUUAAGCCAACACGCAGAAACGCAAAAGACAGACAGCAAGAAAAUUACAAGAAGUCAGCUCUCAGACGCUCGCGCCAGACAGUAAGAUGAUGUUUGAGUAUUCCUCACUGAAGGUAAGCCUCUGAAAGUGAUCUAUGUUCAUAUCCACACUGACUUUCACAUCCCUUUACAGGGAUGCUUCUACAUUAGUUAAAUUAACGGAGAAUGAUAUUCACUACAAAACAAUUUUGUUAAUGCUAUAUGUUCCAGCAGGCCCCCGUUACAGGGCAGGGAGUAGCCUACACUGUUUUUGUUUGUUUGUUUUUUGUUGUCAAGAAGAUAGAAAAAAGUGACAACACUUUUUUCUAAUAUUUGUAUAUUUGUAUAUGUUUUUGCAUCGGUGCAUUGCUGAGAACACUCCGAGGUGUGGCUCAUGGGUCAUGCAUGCAAUAAUGCAGUGGUCUGUCAGAGUGGUGAAGGAUUUAUGGAUGUACUUCGGUGUUCUCGAGAAAUCAAUCAUGACAACAGUCAACAGAUAGAAAUAUCUCCAGCACAUGUCCUGACCAUCAAAAGAAAUGUUUAACUUUUUCAGAAUAAAAUCAAUACAACAGGA